AUGAAGUGGCCUGGUUCAACACAUUCAGUUGCCCUGAAACAUCACAAACGAAAGAUUCAGCUGGGUUCCAGACUUCCUAGCAAGUGGUCAACACAGAUACUGAUAACACUGCACGACACUGUCACGAUAAAGCGCUUUGGUGCGAUGGACGAAUUACGUCAUUCCACAGCAUGUUCUUCUGGCUAUUGCCACAUUCUUGAUAAUUUGAAAAUUCUCACAAGUUUGCGACAUAGCCGAAUGGUGGAGAUUCUCAUUAAUACCGCAGAUGCUGACCAGCGGAGAGAGCAAUACACCGAUGCAGAAUACUUGUAA